AUGAACCAUGCACAAUUCUAUCAUCAUACAAACUCCAAUCAAGCCAUAGUCAACAACAACAAUAAUAACAAUAACCUAUCUUCUCCUUUGAAGAUUAAUAAAGCCUCUCAUCACAUCAAAAAAAGUUUAUCAAAUUCAUUACCAUCUUCUUCCUCAUCGUCUUCAUUAUACAACACGGUCGCGGCCACUACCUCAACCACCAUCAUCCCUCAUCAACAACAGCAGCAGCAACAACAACAGCAACAACGUCAACCGGUUAUCAUCUACACUCACUCACCAAAAGUCAUCCACACGCAUCCGCGUGAUUUCAAGGCAUUAGUACAAAAACUCACUGGUCUUUCUCCUGAAGAGUUCUCUUCGAGUCCUCAAUCAAUGCCUAUGCCUCAAUAUCAUCCAAAAUCCGAGCCAAUAAACGAGGAAAUGGAUCAUGAUCCUAUAAUGGGUGCUGAAAACUGUUUUGGAGAUCUCCGACUUAGUGAUGAACAAAAUCACUAUCAUCGGAAUAAUAUGACAAAUAUUAAUACUAAUAUUAAUGAGAAAUGUGAUUUAUUGAUGAAUGAUGACAAUGAUUCGGUUGUCACGGAUGAAAAUAAUGAAUUUAACGGCAGCUCCUGUAUAGGAGAUAAUUCAUCAGCUUCUUGUUAUGUUCCACGUAAUCCAAUUUUUGAUCUACCUAUUAUUAAUGAUUAUAAAGAUACUAAUAAUAAUAAUAAUAAUGAUUUUAGUAAUUAUAAUUACAAUAAUAAUAUGAAUAGUCUUAGUGAUUCUCCAAGUUUUUUUGAUACUAAUUUUACACCUUUUGAUCCUAAUCCAAUUACUAAUUCGUCUGAUUAUUUUUUCUCAGAUCAGCAAUUAUCUAACUAUACAGAUUCUUUAUUUUCUAUGCCUAGUAUGAGAAACUCCUUUUCUUCAUCCUCAUCUGAAAGUAUUAAAGAGCUUCCAGAUUUUUGAUUUUUUUUUUUUGAUAAUUUUCUGAUUUGAUUUUCCAAUUAUUUAUUACUAUUUUUUUUCAGUUA